UCUCUGACUGAGCUGCUACGGAGGCCUCGGCAGUUGGUGGAGGCUCGGGCUGGCACUCUGGACAUGCGGGUCCAGGGGGUGCCCUGGCCGCUCGCCUGGGCAGUGCUGCAGUUGGGCUGGAGGCCAGGAUGGCUCCUAGAGGCCCCCAGCAGGCCAUCGAGCCUCUUCAGCUUCUCUCCGGCUCAGCUCACCGUGCAGGAGGGAGCAAACGCCACUUUCACCUGCAGCUUCUCCAACUGGUCAGAGCACCUGGUGCUGAACUGGUACCGCUUGAGCCCCAGCAAGCAGAACAUCAAGCUGGCUUCCUUCCACAAGGGCCUCAGUGAGCCCGGCAGGGACCCCCGCUUCCAAGUCACCCGGCUGCCCAAUGGGCUCGACUUCCACAUGAGCGUCCUCUCAGCACGGUGCAAUGACAGUGGGCUCUACCUCUGCGGGGUCAUCUCUCUGUCCUCCAAGGUGCAGAUCCAGGAGACCCCAGCUGCAGAGCUCAGGGUGACAGGCCGGCCAGCCAGUUCCCAGGCCUGGCUGUUGGUGUCACCAGCGUCCUGGUGGGUGUCCCAGUGGUGCUGCUGCUGGCCUGGAUCCUGGCCACCACCUGCUCCAGGGCCAUGCCAGAUUCAGAACGUGUUUCUCCGCAGAGGCUGGAGGAGCCGGAAGCAAAGAGCAGCCCCUGAAGGAGGAGGCCACAGCCGUGCCUGUCUUCGCCCUGGACUACGGGGAGCUGGACUUCGAGUGGCGAGAGAAAACCCCGACCCCAGAGCCCCCUGCCUCCUGCAUACACACCGAGUAUGCCACCAUCGUCUUCCCCCCGUCCCCGGGCCGCAGGGGCUCGGCAGACAGUCCCCAGGGUCCCCGGCCUCUGAGACAGGAGGACGGACACUGCUCUUGGCCCCUCUGACCACCAGCAUCCUGCAGACCUACUGCAAGAGCCCCGGGCCAGUGCCCCCUGAGGAGGAUGCAGAGCAGCAGGGACCUCCUGGGCCGAGCCGCCUGGGAGGUGACCACCCGUACCCUGAACCAGCCUGCCCAGGCCCUUGCAGGGAUGCCAACCUCCAUGCUCUCCACAGCUGGCAACGGCAGGCCCACUGUCCCCUGAUGGGGAGUGCUGGACGUGACCAGGGCUGCAGGCCUUGCGAGACCGCUGGCCAGAGCCCAGUCUUCUGAACCCUGUCGCCUCGGUCGCUGUGACCUCCGCAGCCUCACAGGGAGCCCAUGCCUGGAGCUGGGGCCUGGUUGCAGACUGCCUGGGGCAGGCUCGGGGGCACCCUCCAGCAGGGGCGUCCAGGCGCAUAGCGGGCGCAGCCCUGAGGCCACCGUGGAGAGGCGCUCCCACAGAUGGGCCAGGGCCACCGCUCGCUCGCGGGGCGUCUCAGCACAGUGAGAAGAGCUUCUGCAGCAGUCGGGGUGGGGACACGGCCGCCUCCGGCCCUGCAGGGCCCUCCCGUCUCACGCACAGCUGAGGCCCGCGCAGCCAGCGCACCAGGAGUGGGGGAGAGGGAGGGCGGGGCCCUCAGCACCCUCCGCUCACCCCAGGGCUGCGGCUGCUCGCCUGGAGGACAGUCCCAUGCCAGCCAGACCAACACGGGCCCUCCCAGCCAUGGGGUCCCAGCAGGAUGGGUGGGGCAGUGGGCAGGCACCCGGGUGCCCAGCUGCCCUCCUCCGGAGUCCAGUUCUUGGCUCUCAUUCACAGUGUUUGUUUUUAGCAGGUUUUGGCUGGACUCCCAGCAGGGGUGGGCAAAAUGGUUCAUGACCCCUGUGCCAGGUGCCCCUGCUCUUGUGCCAUCUGGGGCAGGCUGACCAGGGCCCAGGCUGACCAGGGCACCUGUGCCAUCAGGGCUUGGGGGUCUGGGGCAUCAUCAUUAAAUAAUGACCAAAGGCU